AUGGGGGUAGUGGAUCUAAUGAAAAAGGGGGUGCCUCUCGUAGGGACUUCGGAAAAGCCAGAGUGCUUCAAGACAAAGGUGGCUAUGGCUUCCAUGUCUGAAUCAGAACUCCGUGCUACUGCCUCCUUGCGACGCCGUGCAGCCUUGUCGAGACCGAACCGUGCGACCCCUGAGGAAAUUUCUCUUCUUCAGGAGGCCUCUAACUCCGAGGUUGCUGAAAAUUUCAUCGAGGGGCCCUACACUGAAGCACAGGUCACUCAGAUCUUCGGCCAUUCGGAUUGGGGCGUAAUUCCUAGAUUUGUUCUUGAGCACGGCCUUGAAAAGAAGGUUCGACCCAUAGAUGAUGGGCACGCUUCCCAGGUCAACGAAGCUUUCACUUCCCUGAUCAAGCUGGAGCUUCAAGGAGCCGACUUUGUUUCAGGCCUAGCUCUGCUGAUUGCCCGGGCUGAAAAGGAACGCUCAGAUCGCCUGGGUGUCCCUGCUAGGCAAUGGCUAGGGCGGACCCUCGACCUUUCGAAAGCGUACAAGCAAUUAGCGGUACUACCGCUGCACCGUGACAUUGCCGUAAUCUGCCAUCCCAAUGAGAAGGGGGAACCACAAUUCUUUGUUGCAAACGCAUUGAUGUUUGGCUUGACUUCGUCGGUGUAUGGAUUCGUGAGGGUGGCCCGAAGCCUGCAUUUCUUGCUGUGCAAAGUGCUGAAGAUCCCCUCAGCAAACUACUUCGACGAUUAUCCUCUCUUCGCUUUGAGAGAGGGUGCCCAGGAACUUGACGGUUUGACUUCGGAAUUCUUGGAACUCUUGGGGUGGCGCUUUGCCCAGACCGGGAUAAAGGGUCAACCGUAUGAAGAAACCUUCACGGUACUCGGAAUGCAGCUGGACGUCAGCCGCCUCCACGAGGGUGUUGCGGUACUAGCCAACAAAGAAGGCCGUGUCAAGCGCAUUGCCGAAAUGCUUGGUAACAUCUUUGACCGAGGUACCCUUGGCAGGCAUGAGGCACAGGUGCUCCUGGGACUUUUAAACUACGCCUCUGGAUUCUUCGCGGGCCGAUCCCUAAAGCCGGCAUGCCACUUCCUGCUAUCCUUGGUUCGUGGGAAACGCCCGGCUGCUGCCGAAAUACAGCGCUUCUGCAAAACCACCCAGGCUGUCUUGAGCACCACGCCACCGAGAAUCCUUCGCAUCUUUGACCCGCGACCGCCCAUCCAUGUUUGGACGGACGGUGCUUGGGAAGACCCUUGGGCUGGAAUAGGUGCGGUUGUUCUAGACACGCUAGACGAUAGCGCUAGGGUUUUUGCUGGUUGUGUGCCCACUAAGCUUUUGGAGCGAUGGAAGCUGGAUGUGGGAUCACAGCUUAUAUGCGAAAUCGAACUCUACGCCUUAGUCACUUUGCGUCGUAUGCUCCAAAACAGCCUGUGCAACCGAAGAGUCAUCUUCUGGCUGGACAACGAAGCUGCACGCACAUCAGCAAUCAAAGGUUUGAGCAAGAGCGAAUCCAUGUAUCGCUUAGCCCACUAUCUUGCAGUGAUUGAGGCUGAGGCUCCUUGCGUUGCAUGGUACGAGAGAGUGCCAUCCUUUUCAAACGUGGCCGACCCUCCCUCACGAGGUGAUGGGCAAAGCAUACUCAGCUUGGUAGGCGCCAAGGUUGUAGAAGCUUUCAUCCAUGAUGAGAGUUCUAACCAGAGAUUUCUUCAUCAGGGGUUCGCGUGA